AUGUCUCAUCUCGCUGUUGAGCCGGAGUUCGAGCAGGCCUACAGAGAGCUGGCCUCUACAUUGGAAAACUCCACCCUUUUCGACCAGCAUCCAGAAUAUCGCAGAGCCCUCGCCGUUGCUGCCGUGCCUGAGCGUACCAUUCAGUUCCGUGUAACUUGGGAAAAUGACAAGGGACAGCUCGAAGUUAACCGGGGUUACCGGGUUCAAUUCAACUCCGCCUUGGGCCCCUACAAGGGAGGCCUCCGGUUUCAUCCCACAGUGAACAUGUCUAUCCUGAAAUUUUUGGGCUUCGAGCAGAUUUUCAAAAAUGCGUUGACAGGACUGAACAUGGGCGGCGGCAAAGGAGGCGCCGACUUCGAUCCCAAGGGAAAAUCAGAUAACGAAAUCCGAAAAUUCUGUUUUGCUUUCAUGAUGGAACUGAGCAAGCAUAUCGGCGCUGACAUUGACGUUCCAGCUGGCGACAUUGGCGUUUCGGGGCGUGAGAUUGGAUUCCUGUUCGGUGCAUACAAGAGGCAGCGGCAUCUUUGGGAGGGUGUGUUGACUGGCAAGGGACUGAGCUGGGGCGGAAGCCACAUUCGUCCCGAGGCCACUGGGUAUGGUCUGGUUUACUACGUCCAACAUAUGAUCGAGUAUGCCACGGACGGCAAAGAAAGCUUUAAAGGCAAACGUGUCGCGAUCUCCGGCUCCGGAAACGUCGCGCAAUACGCAGCGCUCAAGGUUAUCGAAUUUGGCGGCACUGUCUGCUCUCUCAGCGACAGCCGGGGAUCGCUAAUCGUCCGCGACCACGGGGACAGUAUCACCCCAGAAGAAAUUUACAUGAUCCAACAGAUCAAAGUCGAACGCAAGCAACUUUCCAGCCUCGCCAACACCGAAGCCUUCCGCGAACGAUGCGAAUACGUCGAGGGCGAACGACCAUGGACACACGUCGGCAAAGUCGACGUCGUCCUGCCCUGUGCCACCCAGAACGAAGUCUCUGGCCCCGAAGCCCAGGCAUUGAUGGAAGCUGGCGCGAGAUAUAUAGCUGAGGGAUCCAAUAUGGGCUGCACACUCGCUGCUGUCGAGCACUUCGAAGCCAGCCGCCGCUUCCAUUCCAAGGGGAAAUCCGUCUGGUACGGUCCCGGAAAGGCAGCCAAUGCAGGUGGUGUUGCUGUCUCUGGCCUAGAGAUGGCGCAGAAUGCGCAGCGCCUGACGUGGACGGCUGCUGAGGUUGAUGCGAAAUUGAAGCAGAUUAUGAAGGACUGUUUCGAGAUCGGCGUUGAGACGGCGAAGAAAUACACCUUGCCUGACGAAAGCAAGUUGCCUUCCUUGGUUACGGGGAGCAACAUUGCUGGCUUCAUGAAGGUUGCAGCCGCGAUGAAAGAUCAGGGUGAUUGGUGGUGA